AUGAACGUCUUGAUGUUUGCAGCAUGAUAGAAUAGUUUUAUAACCUAAGUACUCGAUACGUGGACAUCGCGAUAAUAAUAGUGCAAUGAUAAAUUAACAGUUCGAGCGAGAGUCACAAUUAUCUGUAUCGACAUUUAACGCUGAUGAAAAGGUACAAGACCAUACAAGAUAUCAAGUAUUCGUGUAUCUGUCAUUCGUGCAUCUGUCAUUAUCGCCGAUGUUAAAAAUGAAAUAUUAACCAAAGAUAUUCGCAUUUAAUCUAAAAAACUACGUAACUCUAUAAAAUCACCACUCUUUUAUAACAUCGUUUUCAUCACAAUGCGAGUGUUUUCUUUAGGUUUAGCCUAUCCAUCUUGCGACUUUGAUCUGAAAUCGUAGUGAAAUAAUUGUGAGGAAAAGGCACACAAAAUAGGCAACGGAAUUUCUUUAAAAAAGUUUUUCGUAAAGAAAAAGUGUGUGUUAACUCGAGAUGGAAACUGUGAAAUACUACGCAAAUUUCAUAGAUCCUCACUGGAUUGCCGUAGUGGCGACAGGAUUAUAUACGCAUCUGCGACAAAUUUGCAUAAUUGGUCUGUGUUUCGAGGAGGAGAGCGCUUUGCCUUUCGAUCCGUCAUACGCAUCGAUACUCUUUGUGUUCUCGGUUUUGUGCCUAUUAGCGGAAUACAGACUAUGGCCUAUAACUCUUAAAGAACCACCGAUUCAGCUGUUAUACAUUUACGAAAUGUUAAUAGCUGCAUUGAGCACGAACUUAGCGAUCCAUAUGGUAUGGAUACCGAUGAUGCAUGCAAUUUUCUGUCUAACUCAAGAAUCCAGCAAGUGGUUGUCAUGGUUGAACAAUGCUGUGGGUCUGGAUAGCUACUCUUGGUUAAUCUUUUUCGCGGACUACAUGGCUAGAGAUUACGCUGCCACGUACAUGGCAUUCUGCAUGUCGUUAUUGUCGUUCGUGUGGAUGCUGGACGCCACCGAAUCUCUGGACACGUUUCUGGACACGUGGAGCAAACGUUUAGAGUUCACGAAGAUAAGACAUCCUAAACGCAAAAACAAGAGGGUUACCUUCAACCUGAAGUGACUCAAUCAUUUUUUUAUAAACUCUGUCAAAUGAACCCUAUAAAAUUUUUAAAGUUAUAAUUUCUCCUAAUCUGUUA